UCAAUCUGGCUGGUUGAAAAACAAAGCUCCUGGCUUGACGACGGAUCGGUGCGCUACCGACGUUCACCGGUCCCAAAAUUAAAAUGUUCUUUCGUUUGUUUAUCCUUUUACCGGUGGUCACGGUCGUGCUGUUCCUGUAUGGUGCAAUCGUCAACAUUGGCUACAUCGAAGAGAAUCGUUGCCGCAUGACGUAUAUGUUCGAGCAUCCGCAGUACACCCGCAUAACGGUGCAAGGCAACGAACGAUUCCCAAAGUAUGGCUUGUACGCCUACUCGGAAGGUUUCAUAACUCAGCGCGUACAGCAACGUUCGUUCAACGGAGCACCUGUGCUCUUCAUUCCUGGCAGCGGUGGCUCGUACAAACAGGUACGGUCGCUCGCUUCGGUGGCCUUGCGCAAGGGGAUCGAUAACAACUGGCAGGCCCAUCUGGACUACUUCAGCGUGGACUUGAAUGAGGAAUUUUCUGGAGUCUUUGGCGGAUACUUACACGAUCAAACUGCAUUCAUUGAGUUGUGCAUUCAAGAGAUCAUCCGGCUGUACGGUGCACGUGGACGAUCGACGCGGAUCUUUGUAGUUGGUCAUUCUGUCGGUGGAAAACUUGCUCAAGCAAUCGUAGCGGAUGGGCGUGAAAGUAUCGUACGGCAUGUGGCCGGUAUUGUUACAAUUUCCGCACCGGUCGAUAAGCCGGUCGUACUGCUAGAUCAUUACCAUCAAAGUUUCUACAAUCGCAUCGAGCAGGCGUGGAAAGUGAAUCGAACAAUUUCAACAGGACUGAAAGCUGCCGCAGGCAAACAACUGGAUGGAAUUUUAUUCAUCACAAUCGGCGGAGGAAUCCGUGAUAUCAUCGUGCACGAUGGGCUAACCUCAUCCCAGUUUGCGGACCUACACGUGAUGACGCACAACAUUCCCAAAGUUUGGCUGUCGGUUGAUCACCUCUGCGCUAUGUGGUGUCUACAGUUUGUGCUGGUAAUGAACCGUUUUUUCUAUAGCAUGAUCAUACCGAAUGGACGUAAUAGUUACGGAUUUGUCGAAGAAAAAGUAAAACAGUUUGAACAAGCCAAGCGUUUUCUAGUCCAGAGCGCCGACGACGACGAUGAUGAUGCAUUUCCCAAUCGUAAGGAAGAUGCGGAAAGAAUCAUUAUUCACCAUCCAGAGCAGGAGGACUGGAUCGAAGACAUCAGACGCUCGUACACCGAGCGCUACCGAGGAGGACUGGAACGUACGCGCGUACAAAUGAUUCGCAUCGUGCCGGACAAACCUGCACAUCGAUUUUUACGUGUCGAGGUUCUUAAUUCUGAACAGACAACCAACUGGUUGUCAGGAUGUGCCGCAAUUGAAGUUUACGGCAACUCUCGUAUGUGUCAAACAUCGUACUCCCUAGCAAAUUACACGUUGCAAGUACCCUCAUCUAAAUUCGAUCGUCUCGGGGCGCUGCUGGAUCUGCACGAGUUAAAACAACGAAAUCCCCGCUGGACGCACGUGUUAAUCAAAAUCCCGCGCACCUUCAAACCGGUGCAGUUUAGUGUGGACGUAUUUAAUCCGGCGCAGCGUGAGAUUAACAUAACCAUGCCGUACUGGUUCGACUAUCGAAAGUGGACGAUUCUGCAGGAUGCCUCGCAGGACGAUUCCUUUUAUCGCAUAACUAUUGACGCAAUGACACAAACUCAUCAGACGAUCGCUCUCGAUCUGAAAGCAAUUUCAUGCGAUGGCGUAAAGGGAACGUCGGUCGUGAAAGUACACGUACCUUGGGCCGAAGGCUACGAUCGUUACGCGUUCCAAGAGGAUCUAAAUCAAACCACCGUAUACAUCUACCCACCGAUUGAAAAACCCCAAGGAAAGGAACCUUUGCCAAUUUAUGUUGAUGUAUAUUUCACUCCCGGAUGCCGCUAUCAUAUUCGCUAUGGCCAAUCUCUUCGCGUCAGUGUCGCUCGCGUCGUGCAGCAGUACUUUAUGCUCAUUCCGGCGCACUGUCUGGCACUGUUACUGCUGGCAUUCAAGGAUCAACUUUCCCAGACCACACCUGAUGAACCGGCUUUUGUGGUAGGAAAACUUCGCAGUUCGCUUACGAAACCGGGACCACUGCUGGUGUUGUUAUUAGGUACCUCGCUGUUGGGAAAAUUCUUGUCGCUCUUUAAGGCGAUCCCUCGCAUCGAAUCGUUCUCAACACCUUUACUAGUAUCAAUCCUUAUUCAUCUUACCUCGCUCGGAGUGCUGCUGAUCGCCACCCUGGCGCUCUGGGGUGCGAUCGCCUUUUGUGCCAACUUUGCUCAUAAAAUUAUCCUCCGAUUGAUCGCGCUCCCUAUUCCGGUAAUGUCGUCGACGUUCCUGUCCUGCAUCCACAAGUUUCCCCUAGCCAUUGCGGUGUUGCUGGUCGCCAUCGCACUGACUGCCUGCGGUGGAGUCAGUUUGCUUUGUGCGGCCGCCGUAUACUUUGUGCUCCUGUCGAAGGCGUACGAAGAUUACUUGGAAAACUUUGUAUUUCACACCGCGCGCCGGAUUGCGGCUCGGCUCUUCGGUGCGCGGGAACGCGAGGGUGCUGAUAGUGGCAGCACGGCACGCCGUCGACGACGACACCGACCAGCAAAUGAAACAGGAGACGAGCUGAUGGUGAUCAACUUUCAUCUACCAUUGUUUUUCCUUGUGAUUCUCCUAGCCCUACUGAAUGUGCCAAGUGUUAUAACGUGGGCCAAGAAUUAUCACUACUCAAACACGCUACAACCUGAUCCGUCGCUUGUACCAGCGCUGGCCGUCCUGGCUUGCCUGGCUGUCGUAUGGCAGCUGAACACACCGAGAAAUUUGUACGGUUACGAAGUUCUGGCCGCACUGCUGGUCAUUGUGGCCUUCGUAUCCGUUCUGUAUUGCCAAGUGCAUGUAUACCGUCUUAACUAUUCGGUGGCGAUAGUGUUUAUUGCUAUCACCUUACACCAAAUAUUUGCGCCAAAACGACGUGAGAUAGAGGAAGCUACGGACAGCGAAGAGAAGGAACAGAAUGAAGAUAAUAAUAAAGAUGCCUGUUAAUUGUUUAAAUAUUGUAUUUCAAUAAAAUUUACCAUCU